AAUUCACGCGCUAGCAGACCGUCAUGGACGAUUUUUAGUCCUAAUUUUCUUUCAUGUUUGCCAACGAAUUUCUUCCUUAUCUGGGAUAAUUUUAUUCUUUUUUUAUAUCCUCCAAGUCACUGUCUUUUCUGUAAAUCCUAAAUAUUGAUUAGAUUGAAGAUUGUGACUUGUGUCCCAGAUCACGUUGAAAGAUAAGUUGAGUGUAGAUUCUGGUGUCGGAUCAGAAUUAAUCAAAAGAAACAAAAGACUUAAAAAAACCAUGCAGAAUAUGCAAGGUAACCCUCAGCAGAUGCAAGGUGCUGUACAUAAGGGAGUUAUGCCCCCUCAGGGGUAUUCUCCUCAGGGAAUCCCCAUGACCGCUGGACAGGGGAAUCCCCAGUACAGCAUACAAGGCUAUCCUAUAAAACAACAGAUGAUGCAACAGCAGCAGCAAUCCAUGGCAACCAGUAAUAUGAUGAUGCAUGGCAAUAUGCCCAAUCAAAAUAAACCUCCAACUGCCAUUCUGACCAAUCAAAACAAAGUUGUAGUAGCCAAUCAGAAGCCUUCUCAACCUGGAAUGUCCAAUCAAAGAAUGGUUUCUGGUGAUCAGAAUGGAAACAAGGAAUCUGCUGGGGGUAAAACCAGCAAUAUGGCUGCUACUGUAACUACGACAACAGAAUCUACAAUAAUUCCGGAGCAAUUAGAAUGCUCGAACUUGGCAAACACAAAAGAGAAAACACCAAUGUGUCUACUAAACGAGUUAGCUCGUUACAACAAGAUCUCUCACCAGUAUAUGUUGGUGGAUGAAGAAGGACCCGCCCACCAGAAAUUAUUCCAUGUGAAGUUGAAGUUAGGCGAGGAAGAAUAUUCCGCUUCUGGUCAGAGUAUUAAGAAAGCUCAACAUGCUGUGGCAAGUCUGGCUCUGGAGAAAACCACCUUCCCCAAACCUCCCCCUAAACCACAGAGGGAGACGGGACAGGGAUUGAAUAGCAUAAUGCCGACUGUAGAAUUAAAUGCUGUUGCCAUGAGACGUGGUGAGAUAGCUACGUAUAAACCUAUAGAACCACGCCAUUCACAGUAUUAUCAACCCCCUAACUUCGACUUCCGGGGAAUGUACAAUCAAAGAUAUCGUUAUCCUCGACCUACCCGAUCAGCCUAUGUAUCGCUAAAAGUUGGACAGCGAGAGUUUAUAGGUGAAGGUCCUACUCAUCAAGCAGCUCGCCAUACAGCAGCUACCAAAGCUCUUCGUAUAUUAAAGAAUCUUCCCCCACCAAAUCCACCUAUAAAAACAGAAGGUGAAGCUGCUACAGAAACCAAAGAAAAAGAACCGACUUCCCCGGAGGAUGAAUUAAAAUCUGAAAUAAGUCUGGUUCAUGAAAUUGGAUUAAAACGUAAUAUGGCCGUUAAUUUUGAGGUGAUCAAAGAAUCUGGACCACCCCAUAUUAAAGUUUUUGUAACGCGAUGUACUGUUGGGGAUAAGAUAACAGAAGGUGAGGGGAACAGUAAAAAAUAUUCUAAAAAACGUGCCGCUGAAUUAAUGCUGGAAGAGUUGAAGAAACUACCAGCCCUUCCUUCCAUGCAGAUGCCGCCACGUAGCAGACCCCAAAAUAACAAGAAGAAAAAUCGCAACCUAAUUAAAUUGAUUCCUCAGAUACAGAAAGGUGAUCAGAGUUAUGGUGUUAGUAUUAAUCCAAUUAGUAGAUUAAUACAGAUUACACAAGCUCAGAAGAAAAAGGAACCUAUCUUUACUCUGGUGGGGGACCAUGGUGUUUAUCAUCGACGUGAAUUUGUCAUGCAGGUUCAAGUAGAUGAAGAGAAAUCUACUGGUGUAGGUCAUAAUAAGAAGUUAGCCAAGCGUAACGCUGCUGAGGCCAUGUUACACCAUCUUGGAUUCAGUCAGACUCCUCCACAGCCCUCAAAAUCAGCCAUCAAAUCUAACGGUGGCACGCCUGAGGGAAGUGGAACUGAUAAGAAAGUUACUUUUGUUGAUAAUGGUGCUGAAAAUGGAGGUGGUGUAACAAAUGUAAAGACUGGUCGUCAGUUAGUACCUGGCCUACUUCUUAUACCCGAUUCUAGUCGUCAUCCAACUCAACAACAACAACCAGUCAAUUAUGGACAAGGAUCGACUCCAUCCGAUGAAGGCAGCCUUGGAUUGGGUCGACCUAUAGCCACUAGUCAGACUAGUAUACGCCCAGAACAACGAUUACGGGAGUUGGCGUUAAUCCACAAGUUUGAUAUCAAAUUUGAUGACUUUGCUGGACAGAACAAUAAGAGUGAACACCUGAGUCGUUUAACACUUGGAUUAAAUCCACCACAAGUUUUACACGGUUCUGGUCCGUCCAUUGAUGGAUCACAUGAUCAUGCUGCUUUAGCUGCCCUACAGCUAUUGACUAAAUAUGGCUGGGGACUUCCAGAUGCAUCCGGGGAUGGACCCCAUGUUCAAAGUGACCGUGUAACAUACGGCUCUAACCGUAAAGCUGGCAUGUCGAGAGUUGUUAAAACAGAUUUAGUCAAUUAAAACAGUUCAGUCCUUCGUAUAACACCACGCUACAAAUUUUAUAUUUAACAACAUUUAUUAUAUACUUAAACUUUUCUAGAAAAUGUGAUAACACUUCUUAGUAGGGAGGUGUUCAAAUAGUAUCCCUACUCUUCUAGAAGACCUGAUAUCACUUCUGAUUAUGGAGGAGUCCACAUGGUACCCCUACUCUUCCUCUAGAAGACCUGAUCCCACUUAGUAGAUAGGGUUUCACAUGUUAUGUUUACCCUUUCUAGAAGACCUGUAUGCCAACUCUCAGUGAGAAAGGCGCUGGUUUAAGGAUGCUUGUCGGCGAAGAAUUUUUGGAAAUCUCUUAAAAUGGAUAAUAAACUAGUAAACUAGUUAGCAACUUUUGCGACAAGUUUUUGACUGUUCGAAUGUUAGAUGUUACAUGGUCUGAAUAGCAAAUCUUUUUACUGUGGUAUAAGGUAGGGAUACUGUAAGAUAUAAUAAUGUUAUUAACUAGGCAUACCCUGUCACACAUGAGAAGUGAUAUCAUAUGUUCUAGACACAAGAUGACUAGUUAUACAGAUAAUGUUAUUGACCUAAGCAUACCCUGUCAUCCAAGUGGUAUCAGAUAUUAUGGAAAUAAAAUUGAACCAUAUGUUAACCCCGAAAUGACCUAUUUUGUGUCGUGUGGACGUUAAACCCCAUUUCUCUCUCUCGCUCUCUCUUUAUUAUUCCUUAUAGAACAACCGAUAACACUUGGAUGGCAGGGUAUGCUUACAUUAAUAACAUCAUAUAUGAUUUGGUAUCGGAUGUUCAAGAAACAGUCCAAGAAGUAUACAGAGAAUGUUAUUAACUAAACAUACCCUGCCACAUGUAAAAAAUGGUAUCACUUGUUCUAGAAGAAGUAAUAUUAUAUGAUAAAUGUUAUUAACUAUUAUACAUUGUAAGCUGGGUGUUAUAUAUGAAUAUUGUGAAUAGAUUUUCAAUAUUGAUACAUGGUUUUAAAUAUUGCACUGGAGAAAUAUAUUUGUUUGUUUCUGUUGAAAAAGCACGAAGACUGUAGAAACGUGGUUUUCAAUCUGGAGGGAACUUGAUCACUUCCUUGGGGUGGAGCGAUUUACCCCAAGGGGUAAUUUGGUCACUGCCGGGAAGGGAAAGGGGCCGGGGUCCUACCCAGGGAGUUAAUUUGAUCCCACCUGGGAAGGGAAAGGGGGCGGGGUCUUACCCUGGGAGCUAAUUUGAUCCCGCCCAGGAAAGAGAAGGGGGGUCCUACCCAGGGAGCUAAUUUGAUCCCACCCGGUCAAGGGAAGGGGCCGGGGGGGGUACUACCCUGGGAUGUGGAAAUUCCUACCCUGCGUCUAAUUUGGUCAUCCCCCAGGGAGAAUGAGAUCGUCCAAGAAGUUGAAAAAUCUUAUGACAGGUGAUCUUAAACACAUAACAUGUACUUCAAUCUUUCAAACUUAAGACUUUCCCUCCCGGAAGAUGACCACUCAUCUGGGUUGCAGGUGAGGUGGGAGGGAUCAGUUCAAAAGCUAAACUGAAAUAUGACUGGGUUCACUUAAGGUUGAAAACCACGCCUAUAGAAUGAUUUAAAUAUUCUAAAUAUUGAAUAUUCAUCGUUAUAUUUAAGCAUGCUUUAUAUGGUGUAGCAUUUCCCAUCAUUCAUUAUUUACUCCAUUGAUUUAAGAAAAUUGUCGGAUUAUGAGUAGACCGGCAAAAACGAUUUCACUAAUAUCGGACAAAAUAUCCAGAUCCAUGGAAACAUGUAUUUAAAAUAUGAAUAUGUCUAUUUACUAGAUUGAUGAAUUGUCUAUUUACUAAAUCGAUAAUUUGUCUAUUUACUAAAUCGAUAAUUUGUCUAUUUACUAAAUCGAUAAUUUGUCUAUUUACUAGAUUGAUGAAUUAUAUAUUUACUCAAUCGAUAAUUUGUCUAUUUACUGGAUUGAUGGAUUGACAAAUGUCUAUUUACUAGAUUGAUGGAUUGAUAAUUUGUCUAUUUACUAAAUUGACAGAUUGAUAAUUUGUCUAUUUACUAGAUGGAUGGAUUGUCUAUUUGCUAGCUGGAUGGAUUGACAAUUGUCUAUUUACUAAAUCGAUAAUUUGUCUAUUUACUAGAUUGAUGAAUUGACAAAUGUCUAUUUACUAGAUUGAUGGAUUGACAAAUGUCUAUUUAUUAGAUUGAUGGAUUGAUAAUUUGUCUAUUUACUAGAUUGACGGAUUGAUAAUUUGUCUAUUUGCUAUAUCUGUGUAAGAUAAAUUUGCCAAAAAAAUUUUUUGGGCCAUUUGUUAUCUUAGAAGAUCAAGUGUCAGACAUUUUUGAAUUUCAUUCAAACUUUAUAUUAAAUUAUCAAACUAUUUCCAACUUCAGUUGAUGUGAAUCUGAAGCCCAUUGGUCAAUUGUUUGGAGAAUAAAAGCCACUGAUUGGUGUACAACACGAAUUUGGACCAAUCACAAGCAAAUAUUGUUCAAAUAUCUUUAAGUUCUAAUAUAUUUUUUUGGGAGAAUUUGAUCAUGUAUGUUAAAUAUUAACUUGUGUGUUUGUUUUUAGUUGUUUCAAUUAUUGAAGAGUUAUUCACAAUAGAUGAGUUAUGUCCCUUGGUCUUUUUUUUUCUGGAAUUUGGAAAAUUGUCUGGCCUUGUUAUUAGGUCUAAAUAUUAAGGCCAACUGCAGAUUUGGUAAAAGGUCACAUGAUGUAAACAGGGCUAGCAUUAACCCUUACCCUAAACCUAACCCUUACCGCACCCUAACCCACAAUCUGGUCAACAACCAUGUGCCCUAAUCUAUUUACAUCUUGCUAACCUUGACAAAAAUCUGCAGUUGGAGUUGCUGUUUAGGCAAGAUCUUAACUUUGUGGGUUCCCCCAGUUUACCAUGUUAGUCCCCUAAAUGACCUAGUUUGUAAUGAGUAGACGUUAAACCCCGUUUCUCCCUCUCUCUGACAGGGGAAAGUUUUGGCCUCAGAUUAUCUUGUGAAAAUUGUUGUAGAAGAAGACAGAACAGUGGACAUAUCUCCUAUUAAUUCCUGAAAGAUAGUCUGGUCAACUAUUAUCAUAUAUGGAGAGAGUCUGGCCAACUAUUACCUUAUAUGGAGAGUCUGGCCAAACUAUUACCAUAAAGUUGACCAGACUCUAACUCCAUAUUUGGUAAUAGUUGGCCCGACUCCAAAUAUGGUGAUAAUUAGCCUGAUUUGCGCCAUGUUAAUAGAACUAUAUUCAACAGGCAUUACUUUAUCUGAAGAAUUGUAUUGGAGAAAAGAAAUAGCCUGGGUUAUUUUAUUGAUUGACUAUUAACCAUUGUGUUUGUCUGUUAUGUUUUGUUUUUUUUCUGUCAUUUACUUGAUUUGUUUUUGAAAUUAUUGUUUAUAGGGGAGACAACUCCAGGAUCUUGUGUUAUGUUUAUAUAUUGAUACAGAUGUUAGUGUACAAUGCUCACUGCCCUUCAUUGCCUCUCUGUGACUUAACAAUCUUAACUCACAGCUGGAGUUGGGACAGGAUUAACAGGUCUUUAAAAAAAACUAUCAUUAAUUGGUAGAAGGCUUUUAAUCAGGAAUACUGUUUAUUCAUUAGCUGAGCACUGAUUAUUCAUUGGCUGAGCACAAAUUUUAGCCAAUGAAAUGACUGCAUUCUUAAAGGGUUCUGCUACUGGACACUAACCAAAGAUAAAACAUUUCACUAAAAUUAUGACUAAAAUAAAAUGGGUAUUAGAAUCAAAUCAAAAUCAUUACCGUGCAUAAUUUUUUAAAAAAUGUUGAGUUGUCUCCCUUCUAAGACAAUAUAAUCAAGACUAGAUAGCCUGGGUUAUCAAGAUAUAAAGUAACAUAUAUAUUUAUUUUGUCCUAAUGCUGUCCUCUAUAACAAGCACUGUGUACACUUCAAUUAGUCAGUUCGUUAGGUUUCAAAUCAUCCGAGGGUGGGGUAGAGUUAGUUCGAUCGAGGAAAUUAAAUGAUUUAAAUUACGCCGUGAAAAAUGAUGGACGUAAUUAAAGAUGUUCAUUUGGACACUCUUCAACUCCGCACAGUAAAAAAAGAUAUCCUUAAAACAUGGAAAAGGGGACAAGAUUUAUGUUUGACGGAAUGACCGGCUCCUGAAAUAUUGUGUCGGACAUUGUCUUGUUCAGGUAACAUAUUUCCAGGGUUGGUGGUGGAUUUUACGUUUAAAAAAGAAUGUCUAAAAUCUUCCAUACGAAAACUUGUUGAGGAUUUUCAAAUCUUCCAUACAAAAACGGUGUUGAAGAUUUUCAAAUCUUCCAUACAAAACGGUGUUGAAGAUUUUCAAAUCUUCCAUACGAAACCGUGUUGAGGAUUUUCAAAUCUUCCAUACAAAACGGUGUUGAAGAUUUUCAAAUCUUCCAUAUGAAACCGUGUUGAGGAUUUUCAAAUCUUCCAUACGAAACGGUGUUGAAGAUUUUCAAAUCUUCCAUACGAAACCGUGUUGAAGAUUUUCAAAUCUUCCAUACGAAACCCAGUUGAAGAUUUUCAAAUCUUCCAUACGCAACGGUGUUGAUGGUUUUCUUCUUAAAGUUUGUUCGAUAAACGGAUCCUAAGCGAACUGACUAAAUGAAAUUAAAGUUUGUUCACUAUGAAUAUUAACCAAAGCAUUUAAUAUUGAGCUUUUAGUCCUGAUGGGGACAUGCCACGUGGAAGAGAGGUUGUCUUCCUGACUUGUUUUGUUGACCCACCCAAUGCUUGUAUUGUGUAAAAUUGUUGUCAGCCAUUUUUUCACUUUGAAUCUUCUUUUACUUUCUUGUUUCCCCCCUAUUAAAUAAAUAUAUAUAUUCCUUUCAAAA